CUUUGUCGUAGAAGUUAAUUAAGCAUUAAUUCAGUGUUAAGUGCGUGUUAGUUAGUGCCGCCAAUAUGGCGGAAGGCGGUGCAAAAAAGAGGGCCAAAGUCGCUUGGAGCGAUGACCUGAGUCAUGAUUCAGAGGAAGAACGAGAACGGGAACGUCUAGCCCAACUCGAGCGGGAGCUCGCCGAGACCCCUGUCAAACCCACAUACUCGCCCGAAGAGCUAGAGAAGCUGGUCGGCUUCAUCAUGAGGAUGACCACUCUCUACGAUCUCCGCGACGAGGACUGGAACGACGAGGCCAAGCAAGGCAUCGAGGACUGGCUGAUGGAGCCGCGAGCCCUCAUCCUCUCAGUAUACUUCAGAGGCGACAAACUCAAAGCCACCAGCGACAUCCCUCUCACCCCAGUCUUUGACUUGACAUACUUCAUCAGGGCGCCCGAUUUCAUCUUCAAGAUAGAAUCGUUCCACGACGAUAUUAUUUUCGGCACAUUCGUGGAUUCUGUUGAAUCCAACAUUAUACAGAUAUUGGAGUUCGUUUAUGCUCCUUACUUCUUUGCUAUCACUUCUUGGCCAGACAGUGUGAAAAGUGAAUUCUGCUCCCAUAUUCACACAUUCCUCGCUAAACUAACCGACAUGUAUUACAAAAUGUUGGGUUUGACUGUCCUCUACAUACCGCGAGAAGGGCAGCAGCUGACAUUCGAAAAGGCCAGUGCUGAUCGUGAGCUGGUGAAGAGAUUAGAAGGUGUAGUGGUCUACUGGACACACCAGAUUAAAUCCUGUCUGGAAGAUCAAGCGUUCGUCGCUUCACAGGACGAAUUACUGUGUCCCAGCGAUGAAUAUGACUUUUGGAUUUACAGACAUGAAAACUUGAGCGCAUUGCGUCAUCAACUAAAGAACCCGGCUGUAAGGCACAUAACCAAAAUUCUUGUCACCACACAUUCAACUUUUAUCCACCAGUUUCAAUCUCUAUGCGAUGAAAUAAUUCAAAAGGUCAACGAAGCCACUUCCAACAUUGAAUUCCUUCAAGUGAUAAAGCAACCUUGUGCUAUUCUGGAAUGCGUAGUCGAUCCUGACGAAAUUGCUAAACAUAUCCCACAAAUUAUCAAUCUGUUUAGAUUUAUAUGGAUGGAAUCGCCUUACUAUAAUUCUGAGGCCCGCAUUACAAACCUUUUUAAGGCGUUGAGCAACCAGAUCAUUAUCCUCUGCAGAACAUACAUAAAGCUGGAUGAGCUUUUCGAUGGCGAGACGAAGAAAGCAUUGGGAGAGUUCAGUAAAUGUAUCGAUUGCUGCAAGAAAUAUCGAGAGAUCUAUGACGUCAUGGCCGAAGCUCACAACGAUAUUAAUCCGGGCAGUUGGGAAUUAGAUACUGGGUCGAUCUUCAAUUACAUAGAUUCGUUUGUGCAGCGAUGUUUCGAUAUGCUGGAUGUAUGUAAUUGCAUGAUCAUAUUUGGGCGCAUUGAUGAGCUGGAGAACAUAAACAAGCCGAUGUUUGGGGGCGCUCGCGGUGACCAAUUUGAAGCAAAGUGCGACCAGAUUGAGCACAUGUUUUAUGACGCUUUGGAAAACGUCAAGAGCGUGGCCUCCACGAUUCUGGAUGUCCAGGCACCUUCGUGGUAUGACGACGUGUUGCAGUUCAGAACCGUUGUAAAGGAUAUUGAGACAAUAAUAGAGAACCUUGUGGAAUCGGUCUUUGAAGGAGUAAAUCACGUGGAAGAAGCCGUCAUUGCUUUAUACUCCUUGAGCAAUUACUCCAAGAGAAAGAACUUGAAGCGCAUUUUCAAAAGAAAGACAGCUGAGGUCUGGGCAAUGUUCAGCGACGAAGUGCAAGAGGCCAAAAAGGACAUGGUAUCCACACGCAGUCAACACCCAGCUGAUCUGCCUUCCUUUUCGGGAAGAGCCGUAGUACUACGAAUGAGGAAGAACAGGCUGGUGUAUUUGAAGAAGAUAAUGACUGAUGCAUCAGUAUGGUUGCUGCCGUGCAGCAAUUCUGAGGAUGUGAUUAUGCACGUCAACAGACUUAUGGGAGCCAUAGACGUCGCUAUAAGAGAACUGUGGAUUUCAUGGACGCAUAACUUGGACGAAAAAUGUGGAGCAGGACUCAAUAGAACACUGAUGAGAAAAAGCGUCGAGAACCCUGGGUUGAUGGAAUGCAACAUAGAUGUUUAUAAAAAUUCACCAUUAUCUUUGAAACAGGUUUACGCAAAAAUGAAGACUGUGCUUUAUGUGUAUGAAAGCGUAUUAGCUGUUGUUAAAGGAUAUAACAAGAUUCUGGACUCGCUUUCAGACGAAGAGCGGUUGUUAUUCAAGCCUCUGACAACGGCAUGUGAGAAAAAAGUGCAACCAGGAAUAACAAAGUUAACAUGGACUUCAACAAUGUCUGAUGCUUACAUUGCUGAUUGUGUCACACAAAUAGGAGAAUUACAAGAUUUUUUGACGACAUACAAGAAUUGCAACGUUAAUUUAGUUAAAAUCAUGGAAAAAAUCUGUGACACACCAUUAGCAGAGUUUGAUAUUUACAAUGUUUUUGAGAUAUCGGUUCUAAGGGACAAAAUACGUGUUAUGGAAGCAGUAGCUACUGAAAAAAUCUUGGAAAUGUACAAAGAAAUCAUUACCUAUCUUGUUAUAGUGUAUGAAGGCUUUGAAUCGUUUAUAUCACAGAUGGCAGAACACUGGAUAAAAUAUGUUCGACGAUUUGACCGCUUGCUAGAAGAUGCUUUGAGAUUAGCUAUAAAGGCCACUAUGCAAAAUAUGUACAAAUGUGUACACGGCGAUGGUACAAUGGCGCCAUCACCUCUAAUAAAAAUGAAUUUGUAUUUAGUUGGAAAAGAGAUAGUUUAUCUUCCAAAUAAAAAUGAGAUCUAUGAUACUUUUACGACUCUUUUGGAAGAAAUUGUACACAUCAUGAGUACAAUCCCAAGAUUAUUUGAAAAAUUCGCACUACCAGCUGGAGGAUUGAAAAGAUUUAUGGAAGUUAUACAAACUGAGCCCGAUUGCAAUAAGCUGCAAUCAUUAAUUGAUGCUGAGAUAGAUUACAAUAUUAAUCUGGUUCAUGAACAUAUUCGUAUGUGGGAUCCAUACUCCCAUAUUUGGAAAGUAGAUAAAGAUGAGUACAUGAUAAAGUACCGCGAAGAAGGGCAUACUGCUGCUGAAUUUGAUGCCUUAAUAAUAAAUUAUAGUGAUUUAGCUAAUACAGUGCAGAUACAAGAAACUGUGAAUCAGAUUCAUUUCAUUACACUUAACUCAAGUGAGCUAAAAAAGUCGAUAAUAGCUCACUGUUUGGUGUGGCAGACCAAGCUUGGAGAACUCUUACGCAAAAUCACUGAAUCAGACAUUGAUGUUGUUUAUGCAUACGUUGAAAAAAGCAGUGAAGAUGCAAUGAAGAUGCCGGCUGACUUGAAGGAACUUUCAUCUGCAAUGGCUACUUAUGAGCGACUAAUGUCUGACAUCAGUAGAUUUGAACAAACUUUUCCUCCUAUUACCGAUAAGAUGAUGACUUUAGCUAAGUUUGAAGUGGAAUUAAGUUCAGAUAUGAAAGAAAGACAUGAAAACAUUCCAGUAAUCUGGUCUGAAUAUUUGGUGCUUUUGGAAGAAGCUAAGAAAGCUCUGGAAAUGAAUAAAGAUAAGUUUAAAGCUGAACUAUUAGAGCAAGCUGAGGUGUUCAAAGAAGCUGCAAAAGAUUUUUGUGAAGAUUUCUAUAAAUCAGCACCUUGUAGCUCUGAUGUCAGUGGCAAGGAUGCUGUGGCACAACUGAAAGCAUUUAGAGAACAGUUGAAUGCACUGCGAGCACAAGAACAACAAAUUCGCGAUGGACUAGCUGUUUUUAACUUAACGACUCCAGUGAAUCUGGAUCUACAGAAAAUGGAAAAGGAGCUGGAGAAGUUGGAAGAAGUUUGGGGCUUGGUAUUCCAAUGGGAGGAUUCCUGGGAGAGAUAUAAAACACAAACUUUCUGGGAAAUGGAGACAGAUGAAAUGGAAGAAAAUGUCAUGUUCUUGUUCAGGAACUUUAAUCGGCUUUCACGGCAGCUUAAGGAUAAAGGCUGGGAUAUCAUUGACACUACAAGAGUUAAGGUGGACGCUUUUAGGAGAACUUUGCCACUUAUUGGUGAUUUAAAAAAUCCUUGCAUGAGAGAACGUCAUUGGGAUAGAAUUAAAACUUUAAUGGGAGUAGAAUUUGACCAAAAUUCUGAAGAUUUCAAGCUUGAGCUUAUUAUGCGUCUUAACUUCCAAGCCUAUGCGGAAGAUAUUGCUGAAAUAUCAAAUGCCGCUACUAUGGAAUUGAACAUUGAGAAUGGUCUCAAAGCUAUUAGGGAAGUUUGGAGUAACACUACUUACGAAAUGCAACACCACAGGGGCGAUAUGUAUAAGAUUAAAAACGUAGAAGACGUUAUGCAGUUCCUCGAAGAUCAUCAAGUACAACUAUCAUCCAUGAAGUCAACUAAGUAUGUCGAGCCUUUUAUAAAAGAGGUAGAUUAUUGGGAGAAAUCCUUAGGAUAUGUUGCGGAAUGCAUUGAGAUUUCACUACAAGUACAACGACGAUACCUGUACCUUGAAAGCAUCUUCAGUGGCGAAGAUAUACGAAAACAGCUACCUAAUGAAGUUAAAAUAUUUGACGCUUUGACCGAUGAUUGGACAGAAAUUACUAGCAAUAUGUAUGCUGGAAAAAAUGCCAUUGAAGCUUGUCUGUAUAAACCUGCUCCAUACGUAUACAACAAAUUGAACACAAUGGUCGAUAAUCUCGAUGGAAUAUUAAGAGCUUUGGAAAAAUACCUUGAAACCAAAAGACAACUAUUUCCGAGAUUUUAUUUUAUUUCUAACGAUGACCUUCUAGAAAUUCUAGGCAAUUCUAAGAAGCCGCAACUAAUUCAAGUUCAUUUAAAAAAGCUUUUUGAUAAUGUAAAUAAAAUUAGGAUUGAUAAGGAAAAAGCAUUAAACUAUGUUGAAAAUGAAAAAGUUUUACGCUACAGCCUAUGUAAGAGGGACCUUCUGAAAUUGCAAACACACCACACUCAGGCUGUUAGAGCUUCUCUGAGAGAAAAGUUUUUGAAAAAUGUGUACCACAAGGCGUUGCAUCAUGCUAUUUAUACGCACGACUGGAAUAAACUUCUGUAUUUCUUGAAACGGGCACCAAUCUGGAAACAGGAUAACCGUUUGCAUGAUAUGCCACUCUAUAUCCGAAGUCUCACCAUCCUGCUAAUGUAUCACCCAAGUGCCAAAGCUCAAGACCUCCUCCGGACCUAUUUCCACAUGAAUGCCUUAGGCCUACCUGUGGCGAAGGCCAUGAUGUCUGACGACGGGGAGUGUAUUGAGUGGAAGUACAACCUGGUGCUGGAUGGCCCGGCCGAAGUGUGGCUGCUAGGCCUGGAGCACCUCAUGAGGGUGGUGCUCAGAGAGCAAUUGAUUCUAACUCGCGCCGCUCUUAGGAAGUGUCGGUAUCAAAGAGAGCAAUGGAUCAAUGAUUGGCCUGGGCAGCUAGGAAUUACGUGCAGCAAGAUUCAGUGGACAUCUGACUGUACAAGAACUCUAUGUCGCUGCGAGCUCAUGGGCGAGAAGAAACCCCUGAAAAAGCUUCGCAAGAAGCAGAAUCAAAUUCUGAGCACAUUGCAAAUGAUGUCAAGGAAAGAAAUACCUAAAAUUCUUAGAGCUAAAGUCAAUGCUCUUUGUGUGAUAGAAAUUCAUUCCAGGGAUACUGUUGAUAGAAUGUACAAAAUGGGCUGUAUGCACGUGAGCGCAUUCGAGUGGUUCUCCCAGCUGAAGUUCUACUGGGACCGCGAGCGGGAAGACUGCUACAUCAGGCAGACCAACACCAACUCGAUAUACACGUACGAGUACAUCGGCAACUCGGGACGACUUGUCAUCACACCUUUGACUGAUCGCUGCUACAUAACCCUGACGACGGCUCUGCACCUGUUUCGCGGCGGGAGCCCCCAGGGCCCCGCCGGCACCGGCAAGACGGAGACCACCAAGGACCUGGGCAGGGCCCUGGCCAGAUGGGUGGUGGUCACCAACUGCUCAGACGGCCUCGACUACAAGUCCAUGGCUAAGUGCUUUUCUGGCAUCGCCCAAAGCGGUUGCUGGGGCUGCUUCGACGAGUUCAACCGGAUCAACAUCGAGGUGCUGUCGGUGGUGGCGCAGCAGAUCCUGGCGCUUCUGCUGGCUUUGUCGCUGUUCCUCAAGCGCUUCGUCUUCGAAGGCUGCGAGAUCAAGCUGGACGGAAAUUGUGGGAUCUUUAUUACUAUGAAUCCUGGUUAUGCCGGGAGAACGGAACUGCCUGACAAUCUGAAGUCGAUGUUCCGGCCCAUCGCUAUGUGUGUGCCGGACUCUCUCAUCAUCGCUGAGAACACAUUAUUUUCCGACGGAUUCACGGCGUAUAAGAUCAACGCCAAAAAGGUGUUCACGCUGUACCAGCUGGCGAUGCAGCAGCUGUCCAAGCAGGAUCAUUACGACUUCGGGCUGCGCUCCAUGGUGGCGCUCCUGCGGUAUGCCGGCGUCAAGCGCCGCGCCUACCCCAACCUGCCCGAGCAGGAGAUGGUUAUUCUGGCCAUGCGCGACAUGAACGUGGCGCGACUGACGGCGAAGGACGUGCCUCUGUUCGACGGCAUCAUGCAGGACAUCUUCCCCGAGGUGGCCGUGCCCACGCUCGACUACGACAUGCUGGAAGCCGCCAUCAGCGCCGAGAUGCGUCUGGCCGGCCUGCAGCCCAUGCGCGCCGCGCUGCUCAAGGUCAUCCAGGCCUUCGAGACCAAGAACUCCCGGCACUCGAGCAUCCUCCUUGGCGAUACCAACACUGCCAAAUCUGUAUCCUGGAAGAUGCUAGCAGCAACACUCAGCCGGCUACAUCGAGAGAAGGUUCCCGGCUUUGAAAACGUGCAGCUUCAUCCAAUGAACCCCAAGGCGUUAACGUUGGGCGAACUCUACGGGGAAUAUAACCUGGCUACCGGCGAGUGGAAGGAUGGCGUGCUAUCGUCGAUCAUGAGGACUACUUGCCAAGAUGAGUCCCCUGACCAGAAGUGGAUCAUAUUCGAUGGGCCAGUUGACGCGAUUUGGAUCGAGAACCUCAACUCUGUAAUGGACGACAACAAGCUGCUGACUUUGGUCAACAGCGAGCGGAUUUCUAUGCCUCCACAGGUGUCUCUCCUGAUUGAGACGCUGGAUCUUGCGGUGGCAUCGCCAGCCACUGUGUCUCGUAACGGCAUGGUGUAUAACGACUACAAGGACUGGGGCUGGUGGCCCUUCGUCAACUCCUGGCUGGAUACCAUUGACGACCCCGAGUAUAAGGAGAAUCUACGUCGCCAUUUCCUCAACAUCCUGACGCCAGUUUUGGAGCUGAAGCGCCUCGCUUUGGUAGAGGGCCAAAGCGUGCGCGGACAAGAGCUCACAGGAGUGCGGUCCAUGUGUCGCUUGCUGGGCCAGUGGCCCGCGCCCGGGCCUCCGGGACCGGAGGAGGAGGACAACGAGACCUUCUCCAAGAUGCGGUUCCUGUUCGCAAUGAUCUGGUCAGUCUGUGCUACGCUGGAAGACGAGCCGCGGCGCAAGCUGGACAACUGGGUGCGCGAGCACGAGGGCGUGUUCCCGCUGAAGGACACGGUGUACGACUACUACGUGGACGAGCGCCUGCGCCAGUUCAAGUGCUGGGAGGAGCGGCUGCCCGACAACUGGCGGUUUAACCCGGCGCAUGGGUUCCAUAACAUCUUGGUGCCCACAUUGGAGUUCAUCCGGGUGCAGAUAGUGGCCCUGGAUAUGCUGAAGAAUGGCUACGGAGUCCUCAUUGGAGGACCUACUGGCACCGGGAAGACUUUCCUCAUCCAGGGGACGCUGGCUAACUUGGAUCCUUCUAAGUACAGUCAGCAAGUAAUAAAUAUGUCGGCGCAGACCACAGCAGCCAACGUCCAGGAUAUCAUUGAGGCACGUCUUGAAAAACGGACGAAGGGGAAUUACGUGCCCGCGGGGGGCAAGAAGAUGAUAGCGUUCAUGGACGACAUCAACAUGCCAGUCCGCGAUGAGUACGGUUCGCAGCCGCCGCUGGAGCUGACGCGGCUGUGGCACGACUACGGCUACUGGUUCGACCGCGCCAAACAGUGGCGGAAGAACGUCAAGGAUAUGGUGCUUUGCGCGGCGGCCGGUCCGCCAGGGGGCGCGCGCUCACCAUUACCGCCGCGGCUGCUGUCGUGCUUCCACGCCUUCUACCUCACGGCGCCCACGCACCAGAUGCUCAUCAAGAUUUUCGGCACCAUGCUGGGUCAGCACCUCAGCGAUUUUGACGAAGAAACCAAGUCUUGUGGCAAAGUUGUGCUAAUAGCCACGAUAGACAUGUUCAACAACAUCGUGGCCAAACUGCUGCCCACACCGAGCAAGAUGCACUAUCUGUUCAACUUGCGAGACAUUUCCAAGAUUUUCCAGGGAUUGCUUCGAAGCAACAAGGACUAUACUAACACCAAGCCUCGUUUCCUGCGGCUAUGGAUCCACGAGUGCUUCAGAGUGUUCUGCGAUCGGCUAACUGAAGAGAAAGAUCGCGACUGGUUCAUGAACCACAUGGGCGACAUGCUGGGCAAGCACUUCGAGCUGACGUUCCACGCGCUGUGCCCGUCCAAGAGCCCACCCAUCUUCGGACACUUCCUCAACCCCUUCGAGGUCUAUGACGACCUGAAUGACCCUGCUGCUCUGAGGAGGUAUAUCGCUAACCAGAUGGAAGAGUACAACAGUUGCCCGGGCGUGGUCAAAAUGGACCUCGUGUUGUUCAAGGACGCGAUAGAACACAUCUGCCGCAUCGUGAGAGUCGUCUCGCAGCCGAGAGGCAACGUUCUAUGCGUUGGAAUAGGUGGUUCGGGCCGUCAGAGUUUGACGCGCGUGGCGUCUUACAUCUGCGAGUGCAACUCCUUCCAGGUGGUCGUCACGAAGACCUAUGGCAUCAAGGAGUUCAGGGAAGAUCUCAAGAUAUUAUACACAUCGUGCGGCGUGGACUCCAAGAAGACGACGUUCAUAUUCUGCGACACGCAGAUCGCGGAGGAGUCGUUCACCGAGAUCAUCAACAACCUGCUCAGUAGCGGAGAGAUCACCAACCUGUACAAGCCUGAUGAGUUUGAGGAUAUAAAGCAAGGCCUGGAGAAGCCGAUGAAGAACGCCAACAUCGUGCAGUCGGCGGAGGCUGUGUACCUGUUCCUUGUGGAUCGUGUGCGCGCCAACCUGCACAUCGUGCUGUGCUUCAGCCCCAUCGGGGACGAGUUCAGGAACCGCAUCCGUCAGUACCCCGCGCUAAUCAACGCGACGACAACUAAUUGGUUCUUGGAGUGGCCGCGCGAGGCGCUGCUGGAAGUGGCGUACAAGUUCCUCGAGGGCGUGGACUCGCGACGUGACGUGACGUCAGACGCGGCUCCUGUCGUGUUCCACGCCUUCCUCACGGCGCCCACGCACCAGCAGCUCAUCAAGGUCUUCGUCACCAUGCUGGGUCAGCACCUCAGCGAUUUUGAUGAGGAGACCAAGUCUUGCGGUGAGUGUAUUCUAGCUCGCGACGUGACGUGA